UGUUUCACUGCCUUUUUGCAGACAAUGGAAAAGAGACAUUUCAGACAAUGGAAAAGAGACGUUCCCCACUUUUCUCUCCUGACUACACACAUACACAUACCAUAGAAAUGGACGACGUUGCAGAUGAUAAGAAAGGAUAUGUGAGUGCUAAACCCAGAACUGGCAUUGGAACCCAUCCAGAAAUGGUUUUGACCUCUCCGGAAACGACAUACGAAAUGAACAUGGCUCAACAGACGGGGGCUGGAGGUGAUAAUCAACUGCAGAUAGAUGAAGCCAAUUCCCAAAGAACGUCUUCACAGAUGAAGAAGCUGUAUCCGGUUCUACAAGUACAAGACCACGGUUCACCAACAGGAGAUAAUGCAUUGAAAUCUUCAUUUCCUCAGUCUGAUAUAGGAGAAAUGAAUUCACUGCCUUUGGAGAACACAUCGCCUCCACCAAUUUACAGUCUUUCUCAAACGCUUCGUUUUGCUCAGUUAAACGAUGAAGAAGAUGAUUUUGGGGACUUAGACCACCUGUCAGUUUCACAAUCAAGGUUUUAUCAAAGGUCCAGCUCAAAUGGCUCAUCAAGUUCAGAAGACGAUGAAGAAGAUGAUUUUGGGGACUUAGACCACCUGUCAAUUUCACAAUCAAGGUUUUAUCAAAGGUCCAGCUCAAAUGGCUCAUCAAGUUCAGAAGACGAUUCAAAGAAAGAUAAACCAAACCUCCUGUCCCCACAAUUAACAGAGGAUCCGAAACAAAUCACAUAUGCUUGUGACUUGUGCACUCAGUGUGAUUCCACAGAGAUGAAAGCCUUUGAAGAUGAUUUUUGGCAGCCUACUCUCUCAAAUGAAAGGACGCCUAAACUUACAAAAUCCCUGAUCAAAAUGGGCAAUAACGGCAGUGUCUACAAGGUUGUAGAUGGAAAGGAAACGUAUGCAUUGAAAGAAGCUCUCGAGCAGAAUUCAACUGAAGUCAACAUCAUGCGGGAGCUUAACCACACCAAUGUGGUCAAAAUCAUGGGACAUUGUCGCGAGUUUCACGAGUUCAAAAUGGAGUUCGCUCCAGAUGGUGAUCUGGCAACUUUGGCUUCCAAAAAUGGAGGAUUGUUUGAGGACGAGGUCUUAUUCUACUUUGUUCAGGUUUCCAACGGCCUUGUGUACCUCCAUAGCAAAAGAAUUAUUCACUGCGACCUUAAGGGUGACAACAUACUUUUGAAAGGAGUCUAUCCACAACAGUGUGAGGUAAAACUUGCAGACUUUGGAAAUGCAUGUGUCCUGGAUGAAGGAUAUGAGCACAGUAGGGGGACCAAAGCCUUUAUGGCACCAGAGGUAUCUGAAGGAAAACCCUGUUCAAAGGCUAGCGACGUGUACUCUGUUGGAUGUUGUAUGGUAGAGUCCCUGAGCGGACAAUGGCCAAGGAGAAACAAACAAGGUGAGGUUGAGGUACCUUCAGGCAUCAUUGAUGGCUUAGAACAAAUAAUUGACAAAUGUAUGGAAACAGACCAAGUCCUAAGGCCUUCUGCUGACGAUUUGUGGGAUGAAUUAAACAGGCUUUGGUUAAAGCAGAUGAAUUCCAAUCAAUUUUAAAUGGAGCAACUACAUCCCUCAACACCUUAAAAAGGAGAGACAGACUUCUGGCAAUAAAAGUGAACAAUAAAAAGGAAAGAUGACUGGUUUUUAAUUCUUAACAAAAACUGGAUGAUAAAUAAUUUAAAAAAAAGAAUAUAAUUAACAUUUAUAGAGAAAACAUUUUAUUUUGUAAACACACAAAAUCUUUCUUUUAAGAAUUGUUUUUCUAUCCAAUAUUUGUAAUUUAUGUGUUAUGUUUGUUUUAAGACCGUCUGUUGUUUUUGUGUUGUCUAUUUAUUG